AUGUCACAAAAUCCUGUUCGUUUCUUCUUUACUUUAACCAUUGGCAUUUUAUUGUUUUUGUGCUUAUCGUACGGACGACCAAUAGACCUGGGAAAGCGUGAUGAUACAAAUCCCACGAACGGAUUCUUAAACAAUUUCAAUAACAAUGGAAACAACAACCGGGGGAACGCAAAUGGAAAUUACGUUGGUGAAAUAAACAUUGGACAUAAUAAAUGCAAUGGACCUGGAACAUCCUUAUCAACGAACGGUGGACCGAGUAACUACAAUAACAACGGAAAAGGGAAUACCGGAAUCAUUAAUGGAAAUAAUAUUGAAUGUAUUAAUAUAAAUGAAACAGGCGUGAGCAUUCAACAAAAGCCUAACGUACAAGACGCCAAUCUAAGCAACAGUUUCAAUAAUAAUGGAAACAAUAACACCGGUAACGUAAAUGGAAAUUACGUCGGUGCGAUAAACGUUGGUGAAAAGAACAAAAAUGAUUCAUGUAUUCGUACAACCAAUGGGCAAGACAACCGUAAUGAUAAUGGAAACGGAAACAUCGGAUCUCUCAAUGGAAAUAAUGUUGAAUGCUUGAAUAUAGAUGGUCAACCAGUGAAGUUUCAAUCAAAUAAUGGUACUUUGAGUUUAAACGUAGGAGAUCAUACUACGAAUAUUACAAAUAAAGAUGUCAAUAGUCUGAUAUCGACAGCCUCUCAGGCUGCUGGCAAUCUUUUGAACACCCACUGA